GUGGAUUUGAAAUUGAACGACCGCCGACGGCUCGCUCGUGCUGUCUUUGUUUAAUAACAUUUUAUUGUGUUCUUAGAAAUACACAGGGUUUGUCCUAUAGAGGAAUUAUAACAUCAAAACAUCAAUGGACAGGGAAUCCUCGCUUCGCUGUUUUCGAUGUAGGAAGGUUUGCGCAGGUGAAUCGCUGCGAGUGAACGAUCAGCUUUUUCAUGCCGACUGCCUGGUUUGCUUGGUGUGUGGCAAGGACUUGGAAAAUAUUGGAUUUUUUGUGGAAAGCAACCAGUAUUACUGUCCUGAAGACUUCCAGGAACGCUUUGGCACAAAAUGCUUCAUUUGUCAUCUCUUUGUGGAAGGAGAAGGAAUCAACAUUGGUAAUAAUGCAUAUCAUUUGCGCUGCUUUGUUUGCACUGGUUGCAGAAAUCCAUUUCCUCCAGGAGAGAAAGUUGUCGCUAGGGGUAACCAUUAUCUCUGCCAACAGUGCAGUUCAAAGGAGAUAAACAAUGAUUCAAGAGUACGCAAACUUGAUAGGUGUGCAGGUUGUGGAGAAGAUAUUCGCAGUGGCCAGUCAUUGUUAGCUCUGGAGAAACAGUGGCAUCUUUGGUGCUUUACAUGUACAAAAUGUGGCUGCUUACUGGCUGGAGAGUACAUGGGCAGGGAUGGAAAGCCUUACUGUGAGAAAGAUUAUCAAGCAGAGUUUGGUGUGACUUGUGCUGGCUGUGGUGGAUAUAUCAUUGGAAAGGUCCUACAGGCUGGUGAAAAACAUUAUCACCCUCAUUGCUCACGCUGUGCAAGGUGUCAUGGAGUGUUUGGUGAGGGUCAAGAGAUGUUUUUGCAAGGAUCUGAAAUUUGGCAUCCAGAUUGUAGCUUUGCAGCAGCUCAGAAUGGUGAACUGGAAACAGACUCUGGAGGUCCACGCAAUGGAUAUCAGUAUCCUGAGGAGGAAGCUCCCCGUCCCUCCCCUCCCACAAGAACUUCAGCAAGUCGCGUAUCAGAAUGGAAAGCGAAGUACUCGCCUCAGAAAGAAGAACAAACUUACAAGCCAGUGGCGACUUGGAGAGCAGAUCAGGCGGAACAAUCUCGGUAUCAGUCAAGUUAUACCUCGAACAAAGACACUGGAGCCUAUAACAGCAGUUCAUACAGAGAGAUCACUGCCAGGCAAGAGGCAAGUCUGAAUGAAUCACCACGGAGAAUAGGUUCGCAAGACUCGUUAGAUAUGGCAGAAUUCGAGAGAAGUGUCGACAAAAAACCUCAGAUUUACGCUUAUAAAGAUCUCAAAACGACAAACUACAAGUUGCCACGAGAAGCGGAUAAGACGAAACUCGAGACGUAUCUCACCGAUGAGGAAUUCCGUGAAGUGUUUACAAUGUCGAGAGAAGAAUUUUACAAGCUGCCAGCCUGGAAACAAGUGUCUCGCAAGAAAGAAGUUCUGUUGUUUUAGAUAUGGUUUGUUUCCACACCAUUUAUUUUGGAUGUCACAGCUUCUAAGCUGUAUUCUCUACAAAGAGCAAGUUUCAAUCGAUUGUCGGAAAUAAUUCGACUCUGCAUUGGUGUUGCUUCAAAUCGCCAUGUGAUUGGUUCAGAAAAAUCGCGCCACGUUUUCAAUCAAUCAGGUGCAAGGCUAAACCAGUCGCGGCUUGUUUGUCCGCGUUUUCCCGCGCUUUAGGCUGCGCUUUGCUCUGAUUGGGCGUUGAGAUUACUUUGAUUCGGUUUUACGACACUCAAUGCAAAGGCGCUUCAUUUGCUCAGAAUGAAAAGAAUUUGUGACGCAUGGGUACAUUUGAAGAAUGUUACAACUUCUUUUGAAAAUGUUUACAAAGUUAUGAUAUCAGAGUCGAUGUAGAAGGAAAUCUUCAAACUUAAAUGAAAGAUUUCUCGGCCAGAUAUGUUCUGGAUGGAAAACUUCCUCCUCCUCGAUUAUUUGAAUCAAAUUGCUUUUCCCGAGAUGUGCUACUCUUUCAACUAAAAAACUAAAUGUUUCUUGGAGUUAUUUGUUUUCGACUUGUGAACCAAGAUUUACCAUUUUACGUUCUUAAACUGAAGAGUUUAUCUCCACCCAUUCUGGAUUAUUUCAGGUAAAUGACCAGAAGUUUAAGCAUUACGCGUUUACAAAUAGGUAAGGUGACAAUUCUAGGUCAGUGAAACUUAUUUUGAAGAGUUGUUGGGCGUGCGAGUUUCUUUCCAAUCGGAGAACGGCGCGAGUACUCAGUUGUUAUGUAUCUGGGCAACAAUAGCUUGUGCAAAGAUCAGUUUCUCAGAUGCUAGUUCCCCGACAUGAAAAUCAAUUAAGUUAGAGUCACAUCUAAAUUUUAAGGUAGACUGUCAAUCGCGGGCGGUAGUCCAAUUGUUUCACAAAUUCACGCAUUUUUAGUAAAAGAAAUAUAUGAAAAAUUUAAUUAAGAAACAUUAAAGAAUUUACCUUAAAUCACGUUACAUAAGUGGAUUUGAAAUUAGAAAAGGUCAUCUAGAAAUAGUGGUUGGUACUUCUAGGGAUGUAUUUUAUAUAUGGCUCGUGAGCCGGUAAAAAGGCCAAGAAAUUUAUUAUUAAAAAUGGUGGUUAAAAUUAAACACGUAUCCACUCUUUUACAAAUGUUAAUACGACAGGAAAACUGGCCGCCAACACUCCUAGCUACUUAGCAUGCGUUACAGACCUUAUCUCUUAUCUCUGUGAACUGAACGUAAGUCUGUCACGCAGGCUACCAGUCACAAAUGUCUGUAAGUUUGGAAAAUCAAAAUUGUUUAUCUCGGCUAAACAACACCUUGAGAAAAAAGUGGAAGUUUUCAAAUAACAAGAGUGCAUUUUGUAGAUGCUACCACAAAUUUCCCGUUAUUUCAAUUCAAUAGCUACAUUUUUCGUCGCCAUUUCUGAAGGAUGGUUCAAACCCUUUUAACCAAUUUAAUUUGGUUAGUUACCUGAGACAUGUGUGAUCGUUUUCAAUGAUUUAACACGUUACAAAUUUGAUUCCAAUUCUAAAGAUUUCUGUGCUGUUUCGUUCAAGUGAAGUGUUUCUCUCUACGUACGCCAUUAAAGUAAUUUUAAUUCAAGAUUGUAAUAACUUUUACUUUCAAAACUUCUACAAAUGCUUCAACGCUAUUUUGUGGAAUUCCUUAUUCAGCAAGAUCAUAUAGGAGAUUUUUGGUUGGGAAUAGUUUUUAAGUGAAGCAGUAUAAUUGUGUAAUUUUGGGAAGCUUUUAAUUGAAUAACUGUAUUGGUGAAAUUUAGCUAUAGCGCAAUUAUAGUGAAAAUAAGAAAAUAACGUACAGCUUAUACUCAGCUAGAAAUUCUUAUUAUAUCUUUGAAUCAAUAAUAGUAACGCAAAGUAGUUAUAAAUGAAUAAUUUUAACAGAUUCAAUAAUUUUAAUAUCGUCAUAGCUCUACAGCUGAUUUAAUAAAGAAUACAAUAAUGUUGAAUAAAUACACUUGAAUUUUUUA